AGAGUCUGCACCUCCACCCAUCUUGGAGCGUGCAGCUCCAGGAUCAGACACUUUGACGUGGAUGUGGACUUGCAGCAGUGGGAGAUGGGCGUCAGGCGACUGUUCCUUUCACUGUGCGCCACACCGCGUGCGGACGACCUGUUUCUGAUAUGAGCUCAGCCUGCGAAAGUUACCACAGUAAAGAAAACGUGUUCGUGGAUGGCUUCACGUGUCCGAAAGCGGACGGUGACACCACGGCACUGUUCUGCUGCGGCUUCAGUGACUUGAAGUACUGUUGCGAUGACCCCAACAGCUUUUUCCCCUACGAGUAUGGAUACAUGUGGUGGCUGAGUCUGGGAGCUCUUGUGGGUCUCUCUGUAGCAGCUGUGGUUCUUCUCGCCUUCAUCGUCACUCUGUGUGUCCUCUGCUACCUUUUCAUCACCACAAAACCUCGAGGUCUGGAUAAUGGGCUGCCACUCCGAGCACCAGGCUCUACAUCAAGUCCACAAGGACCAGGGCCGAGCCUUAGCAGCGCCCCCGCUGGUCCUCAAGGCCUCAGGAAACACUUCCCGAGGGGGAAACUGGAUUGUGAUAACCAGCCCCCGGAUCCGGACCGCCUUUUCCAGCGUUGUUUCAUGGCUACUGUGACUUCUAUCAACGUUGAGGGUCCUGUGUAGACUGGUGGUGGACUCAUUUUUUGACUGUGUGGAUAAAAGAAUGUUUUCAUGGUGGUAAAUCAGCAGUUGCUGACAAUGAAGUGACAAGAAUUGAAUGCAGAUCAUUUAAGAUGCAUGGCUAUAAUGGCUUCGGAUAGAUGAGAUGAGCUGAGCUGAGUUAUAAUACAUUUAUCAGAGGCAAUUCCAGAGAGCUGUCCCUGAAGUCCUGAGGUUAUUAGAAUCUGUUCUUCAUGCAUUUGACGUUUCUGAGAACCACAUGCAGAACUCAUCACUUGUUUUCAAAAUUAGAUCUGAGACAUAACCUCCAAAUGUUCUCUCAAUUAUGACAAACAACAACAACUCGACAUCAUGGACUUGUUUUUGUUGAACCUCAACAAACAAGAAAGAGUGACUUUGCAGAAAAAAAAACCUUGUGUACUGUCUUGCUGUGCCUAAACUGUGUUGUGCGUUGAAUUAAUUUGUUCUGCUUUCUUCUUGUUUAAAGUUACAGUAUGUUAAUACAACAAAGAACAGACAAAAAAUAUGAAACUUCUCCAACAUUGCAAGCCCACUCCACUGAUUUAACUCAUAAAGGUCUGUUUAUUCAUCAUGAUAUAUUGGAUAUCCUGAUGAACUUUCUCAAAGAUUUUCUAAGAUUUGGUAUGAGGUUUCAGAUUACUAACUGAAAGUCUGUUACGAAGAGGGGACAUGGAGUGUCAAAGACGGUCCGACAAAACACAUGAUGGGAAUUACAGGCUCCAGUGUUUUUGGAGCUUGACCAAAGAUUGUAUAUAAAAUGGCUUCUGUAACUUCUGGGUCUGGAAAGUGAAGCCAAUGCACAAGUGAAUUAAACCUGCAUUCUUUCUAAUGACCAGCAGGGGGCGACUCCACAAGGAUUUGAGAAUUGAAAGAAUUGAAAUCAAUGAGAAAAUUACCCUACUUCUCGCUUUGUUUUUUACCUGAGUACACAUUUUCCAAAUUAGCUCACUAGUUUUAAGUCUUUUUCAAUACAGCACAAUGUUCAUUUUGUAAAUGAUGGUCCCAUUUAGAUUAAAAUAGACGAUAAUGCAGGGUAUCCUUUGGGGAAGGGUACCCAAUCAGGGUAGAGUUGUAGCAAGGAAAUCCAUGGCACUGUGUAUGUUUAUAGCUGUGAACUUGUUUUGUGGAACUUGUGUUUUCUGUGUUUUCGUCUCAGAGCUUUGACUCAUUCAAGAUUUGUUUUCAGGUCAUUAAAGUAAAUUGUAACAUUUUGGUUGCUAAAGUGGCCUAAAACAUUCUGUUUUUUGUUCCCCUGUAUAAAUACAAAGCGCUACACUGUUGCAGGGUUAGGGUUAGGUUAGCUCGAGACCUGUCAAACAAGCCCAUAGGCCUACAUAGGCCUAUUUGCCAUGGAAUUUGGCAGUAAUGGUGGAAAAAGU